ACGCUUCCCUGCCCGCGCCGCCAUCGGCAGCUAUAAGUUGACAGGGGAGAGACCUGUGUGUAAACAACACAGGUCUCUCUCCUGCCAGCAAUAACAUGCUGCUGCAGAGAAAUACACAGCAGCAUGUUUCCCAAGUAAAACACACACAGCACACAGUUAACCCUUUGAUCAACCAAAUGUUAACCUCUUCCUGCCCAGUGUCAUUAGUACAGUGUCAGUGCUUUUUAUUAGUACUGAUCACUGUAUUAGUGUCAUUGGGAUAUCAGUGGAAGUUAGUUCCUCCCAGUGUCAGAAUGUCUACCGCAGUCCCGCCA